AUGGUGCAGCCGGAGCAACAUAUUGUCUACGCCAUUCACGAGUAUGCGAUUCCCGGCAGUGGCUUCUUGCGGCUUAAGGCGGGGGACAUCAUUCACGUCGAUGAGGCCGACGCAAGCGGUUGGUGGCUUGGCACCAACCUCCGCGGGCAAAAAGGCGUCUUUCCCUCCACGUACACGCUCCCCUAUGUCUUCCCCCCUCCUGCAGAGGACAUUCUGCGAGAUAUGCGGCUGAUUGUUCUGGGCCACCGGUUUGGUGUGGAUGUGGCUAGUGGAGCACCCCUUCCGCUGCUCGAGCACUGUGAGGCACACGUGUGCGAUGCCGAUACGCCCCCGCCACCGCUUGCCCUUUUACGCAAGACCAUGGAUGAGCGCCUCCUCGACCGCGAAGCCGCGCGCGCGUGUGUGAUGGGGUUGCUCUCUCAGUUAAUGGAGAUCCGUGCACGCGAGCAUGAGGAGCGAGCACGGGCCGCACAAGGUUUCGCAGCCGAGCAGCAACAGGUGGCGGAGCGCCAAGCCGCCCUGAGGGAAAGGCGCGCAGCACUGGAGGCGUCGUUGCGUACGCUUGCGGCGCGCAAGGCCGCGCUGCUGGAAGCGUGCAUAGUCCCGACCUCCUCAUGGUACGAGCGGUUCCACAGCCUGUCCGUGGAAGCGGCCCCGUCGUCCGAGUCGCUUUCCUGUGAGGGAGCGUGGCGUUCCGUUCUCCAGGAUGUGAAACAGGUAGUGAAGCGGCAAGAGGAGGAGCUGACCCGCCUAUCCACGAGCUGCACGCAGCAGGAGGAUGUCUUUGCGCGGGCUGCGUCGUCGCUGCGAGCGCGCAUUGAGUGGCGGGACGGAAAUGUUGCUCGCAUGCUGGCUUACUGGGCGGACAAGGCACACGCCGUCAAGACCGCAUACACAGCCGCCAAGGUGGAGCGCGACGCUGCCGAGUCCAGGCUGCAGAUGCAGGCCGCGCAGCUUCGCCAUCGUCUGGAGGAGGGUCGCGAGCGAUUUCUGAAAACAAGAGAGCAGUACCGACAGCUUAAGCGACGCGCAGAGGAAAUAGCCGUGGCGUUGCAGCGAAAGGACUCACUCGAGCACCUGUCGCGGCAGAUCGCCAGAGCUGACGUCGCGAUUGCGACGCAUCAAGAAAGGCAACGCCGUUACCGGGCUGCUCUCGCAUAG